CAAAUUUAUAAACCGCUUUAUGGUUUUGCAGGCUAUACCUAUCAUGUAGCGAUCAUUUGUCUUUGUCCGCUUUUCAAACCAUUUGUACCCAGUUUCUCCACUGACAUGCGGAAAUAAGUCCUGCAUUUCUACAUUGUUGUCAUUCUUGGAAUUUAAAGAUUGUACCUUUUUUAGUCCAACAACAAAAUAUGGAGAGUUUGCUUUGUGAUGAAGUUUGGCUCAUGAGCCCUACUGGAGAUGAUCACAUGCAUUCAAAUAACGUGAUCAACAAUGAUGUUGGAAAUUCUAGUUUGUUUAACUCAAUCAAAGUAGAAUGUCAACAAGCUUUUGGGAUUUUAUUAGACAAGGAGAUGAGUUACAUGCCUAAAGAAGGUUAUGUGAAGCGCAUAAAAGAGAACUGUUUUAUUGAAAAUGCUAGGUUCAAAGCUAUUCACUGGCUUAUUAAGUCUCAAAGGCGAUGGAAUCUCUCAUUUGGAACUGUAUUUGGUGCCGCAAGUUACCUUGAUCGGUUUAUCUCUUUAAACAAAUGCCAGGGAUGGAGAUACUGGAUGUUUGAGUUACUCUCAAUUGCAUGUUUGUCCGUCGCCUCUAAAUUCCAUGAAACAAGCCCCCCUCAAUUGCUCAAAUUGCAGAUGGACGGUAUUGAACAUUUGUUUGAAUCAACAAUGAUCCAACGUAUGGAAUUGACAUUGUUGGAGGCUUUAGGAUGGAAAUUAAAUUCUACAACACCAUAUUCAUACGUUGAAUUGCUUCAAUGGAGUAUCAAUUCUCUCAAAUUAUCUGUCCUUCAAGAUUUUACUUCACGUGUCAAUGAGCUACUUCUUGGAAUUCUUUUAGAUGCUAAAUUCUUGGAGUUCAGGCCUAGUGUCAUUGCACAAUCUGCUGUUAACUGCAUUUCCGAAUAUAUGUCUCCGUUAAUAGAUGACUCUUGCUUCAAUCAUUUUACUAGACUCAUCCCUCAAGAUCAAAAGGAUGAUCUAAGCAAGUGUCAAAAAAUGAUGAAUAAACAAUUCUUGAUUGAGGAAUUUCAAGAGUUCGUGACAUGUGGAGGUUAUUAUUAUGGCCCUUCAAGUCCAGUGACUGUAUUGACAAUGGAGCAGCAUGACUUGUGUGAUUUCCAACUUCAUCAAUAUUGCUCUCUCUUCAAUAUUCCUCAAGGGGACAUCAGUUUCAUAUCUAACGUUAAUAAACGUAAAAGGAAUAAACAAGAGGACACUGAUGUCUAAUGUUGUCAGCUCCAAAAAUGUUGUUUGU